AUGAUCGCAGGCGACCCUUCGAGUGGCGUGUUUGGCGCCCUCCACAGCGGAGUGUUCGAAGGCUCCAUACGCUCUCGCCAAGGGAAUUUCUACAUGGAGCGGUCACGCAAGCUGUUCGGUGGCCGCGCAGAGCCGUCCUUCCACUCGCUCAUGUACUCGGAGGAAGACGUGAGGAUGCCCGCCAUGUGCGGCCUCGUGGACGACGUCCGAACGUGGAUGGACAUGCGAGCUCCCGAGCACUCUGCAGCCGAACAACGUUCCGACAGAGCAACGAUGCGGCGCCUUCUCUCUUCCACGGGCGAGCUGUCGAACACGACGCGGGCGCAAGGCGGGCGGGAGCGGCGCGGGUGCAACCUGGAGGUGAACGUGGACCACCUGCUGCACGCGCACUUCCUGGACGACGCCCGCGGAGAUGGCGCUCGCGCCCGCGAACGCAUCACGGCCAUGGUGGCACAGCACGUGGCGCGAGCCUCGGACGUGUUCCGCGCUGCCGACUUCGGGGGCGUCGAGGACAUCAGCUUCACAGUGCAGAGGAUUGGGAUCAACGACUCGCUCAGCUGCGCCACCGAUAAGACUUCGGAUGAGAAGAACCCGUUCUGUGCCCCAGCUGCCGACAUCGGCUACUUGCUUCAUCUGACGUCGCUUUCGAACCACGACGAGUUCUGCCUCUCGUACACGUGGACCUACCGAGACUUCUUUGGCGGCGUGUUGGGCCUUGCCUGGGUCGCCAACGCAGAACGCAACUACGGCGGCGUUUGCGAAAAGGCUCGACCAUCGGCAGUAUCGGUUGGCGGCAGCACCGAGGUGCUCAGACUCAGCACCAACGUCGGCGUGCUCACUUUCGUCAACCACAACUCGUUCGUGGCGACCGCGGUCUCCGAGAUGGUCUUCUGCCAUGAGCUCGGCCACAGUUUUGGCGCCGACGGCAAAAAGCCCAACAACGACAAGUUCUCGCAGUGCAGCCGGAACAGCAUCGGCCGCGUCCUGGCGCCGAUGGUCGCUGGCGAGAGCGCACGCGAGAACUGCCUGCAAGCUCACAGUGGCCCUAUAUGCGGCAAUGGCGUAGUUGAGCGAGGAGAACAGUGUGACUGCGGCUCCCAAGACGCCGACUGCUCUGACCAGUGUUGCCACUCUAGACACAACGUCGACGGUGCCGCGGGGUGCACUCUACGGGCCGGAGCUAAUUGCAGCCCGUCGGCAGGCCAGUGCUGUGAUGAGUCGUGUGGCUUCAAGAACGUGUCCACCAUGUGCGGCGAGGAGACCGAGUGCAGGGAAGAGGCUGUGUGCGAAAAACAGUUUCUUGGCAGCACCGUGGCACAGUAG